ACUUCCUCUUUCACCUCCGCCUUUUAAAACUCCUGAAAGCUUUGAAUGCACCUCUACAUUCCUAUUCCUAUAUCUUUCGAUACAAACCAAGAGCAGCUACUCCUCCAUCUUCACUAAUCGAAAACCAGAUUCCCAAGCUACAUAUUGCUUCUUUUCACAAAUCUCUGUUGUUGUACACUCAUCAUUUUUUGCCUUCCUCCUUAAGGGUCUCACCAAGUCAAAAUAUCAAAGAUCAUAACAGAUGACUUUCUUGGCGACCCAAUGUGUCGUCGCCUCAAUCCCAGCAUACCCAGUUUGUAAUCAUCAGCCCAAACCUCCUGGGUGCCUCUCCCAGAGAAUCCAAUCGAAAUCGGACAGAAUCCCAGUUGUUAAAACCCAACAGUCGAGCUUUCCAACUAGUCAGGAAUCGAGAAGAGAGUCUGAGUGUGAGUGCUUCAAUCUGUACAAGGAGCUAGUUCCUUACAGGCAAGCUUGGUCUUGGCAGAAGGGCAUUGUCAAGGAGAAAAAGGCUCUGAUUGAGAGGAACGAGGACUGCCCGGACUCGCUGUUCGUUCUUCAGCAUCCUCCUGUUUAUACAAUGGGCACCGGUAGCUCAGAAAAGUUCCUCAAUUUUGACCUCAACGAUGCUCCAUUUGAUGUUCACCGGACCGAACGCGGCGGCGAGGUUACAUAUCAUGGCCCUGGUCAGAUAGUAAUGUACCCCAUUAUAAAUCUCCGGAACCACAAAAUGGAUCUUCAUUGGUACCUCAGGUCACUUGAGGAGGUGAUCAUUCGCGCUCUUUCAAAGACAUUUUCGAUCAAGGCAUCUCGACUUGAGGGCUUAACUGGUGUUUGGCAUGGAAACCAGAAACUGGCAGCCAUUGGUAUACGAGUGUCUCAGUGGAUAGCUUAUCACGGUUUGGCACUGAACGUAACCACAGAUUUAACUCCUUUUCGUUGGAUAGUACCGUGUGGUUUACAAAACUAUCAGGUCGGAAGCAUUAGAGGGUUGUUAGGGGAGUUUGAGUCAUUUGACGAUAGUAGUAGAAAACAGCUACCAGAUCCUGAUGAUGGCCAGCUACUUAAUAUUGCUUGUAAAUCUUUGAUCAAUGAGUUUUCAGAAGUAUUUCAGGUUGGAAUCAAUUAUGAAACCAUCUCGAGGUUAGAGUUUUUAGAAAGUGAACCUGUAAAGUCUCUAAAAGAGGAAGUAAUUUAGUUGUGGGAUUCAGGUCAACAUUUCUAAUUGCUGGUGUGAAACAGAUCUUAACACUCUUGAACAUUUUCAUUUCCAAUCUGUUCCUAGAGGAGUAGGUCAUGUCACCAAACAAAAUUGCGUAAUAGUUUUGUGAGCAACAACAGUAAGGGCAAUGGUGCCAACCUCAGAAACCCUGCCAUUAGCGUCCAAAUUGUCACGAUCGCCAGUUUCAUUUUGGUUCACCUCAGCCUGUUGCUUUUCUAGCACAGUAAGUAUAGAACACUUGUUUCGCAUUGAAUGUUUCAAAUGCGACAAAAGUGAGCAGCAAAGAUAACAUCACUUUUCCGUCCUUUUUAUCUCUUGGAAACUAGAUUGCAUUGUCAACCAGUGAGGUUUGGAACCCUUUUGAGCAAGUUUGAGUUACUGAGCUGUUUUCAAAAGAAUUUAGGUGUAUCAUCAUGUAGUAUGUGUAUUUUGAGAUUAGUCGAAUUGAAGUGGAGUCUGUAAUUUUACAUAUUUAAACUUUUUUAAUUAAGUAACAUUUUGAUGAUUGAUUACAGGAUAAGCACUAAUAAUGAAUGUGAAAGUAUGAAUGUGUGAUACUAUUGAUAUCCAGUUUCUUUUGUCCGUUGUUGCUUGCAUGUCUUGAUUGACAGACAAGAUUUGAUUGUGAAUUUGUGAUGUCCUCUUAUUUCAUUCUCCUUCUGUUUAAUUUGAUGUUUGGACUUUGAAGGUCUUUGUUUAAAAUAACUUGCGUGAAGUUUGCCUUAAAAUAUUGGUAGAUGUGUUAUCUGCUUCUAAUUUCUGCUGUUUUUGCGAGUGAAUUUUAUAAAGCUAGGUUGUCUUAGUGUCUUAUAUACUCUCUAAAUGGAUGUUGAUGUAGUUGAGGCCGCUGCUUUUGGGCUCAGUCAAUCAGACUCAUAGUCCUUUGCCUGAUAUGAGUUAUUACUAUUACUUUUA